AUGGCGGAUUUGACCUGCUUAAACGAGGCCUGUGUGCUUCAUAACUUGAAGGAGCGUUUCAUCACUGUUUCCAGACAUAUUCGGGACUUUUUUGUGUUGUUGUAA